GGCAAAAGGCACUGCACACCUUGCACAAAGAAUCCAAUUGUCUGAGUUCGUAGUGAUAUGAUGAAAGUUUUUAAGUCAAAAGAAGAGGAGCCCACAGCUCCUGGGCAGGUUUCCAUCAAAAAGAGAUCCAGAGUUCCAGGUGUAAUGAUCACUCAAUUUGUAGAGGGAAUUCCUCCAGGAAAGAGCCACCCAGACUUCUCACGUAAACCCAUUGCCCUCACUAUCCAAGAAGGGAAAUUAGCUGUUUUCAAAGCCAUCGUCACUGGAGAUCCAACACCAACUAUAAGAUGGAUUCGAAGCAAUGGUGAUACUUCUGAUAAAGAAAAAUACAUCACUGUGUAUAAUCAAGUUACAGGAGAACAUCAGUUACAGAUGCCUAAUGUGGCUGUAGACCAGGCAGACACCUAUAAGUGCUUGGCUGAGAAUGAGCUUGGAUUUGCUACUGUCACUGCAGCACUAAAUGUGAUUGAGAUUGGAUUCAACAAGAGUAAAGCAUUGCAAGAGGCACGAAGAGCACAACGUGAACAUCCAGCAGAUUUUAAAAAGACCCUUAAAACUCGAGCUGAUCGUCCAAAAAAUGAAAGAAAAGAUGGAGAAGUUGAUGAAAAAUUUUGGGAGUUACUGUUGAGUGCAGAUAGGAAAGAUUAUGAGCGCAUCUGUGCUGAAUAUGGAGUGACUGACUUUCGAUGGAUGCUGAAGAAACUGAAUGAGAAGAAAAGAGAAAUUGAAGAGCAACAGGCACAGUACAUUGACUACUUAGGCAACUUGAAACACAUUGAGAUGAAAAGUCCUGCAUGUGCGCAGUUCGAAUUUGAGAUUGAUCUCAAGGAUCCUAAUGCAAGAAUCUUCCUCUAUAAAGAUGGCAAUAUGAUUCCAUUCAGCUCUGAUACAGAUGAGAAGCACAGUCUCCAUCAAAUUGGCAGAAGGUUAAUAUUUAGUGUGAAUGGCCUGACUCAAGAUGAUGCUGGACUGUACCAAGUAGAUAUUGAAGGAGUCAAUGUAUUCUCUACUGACUUCAAAAUUCCAGUGGUGGAUUUCCUGGUGAAGAUUCAGGAAGUAAAGGCAAUUGAACGAGAGGAUGCAGUCUUUGAAUGUGUUCUGUCUGCUCCAUUUGCAAAGAUCACAUGGAUGGGAAAGAGUACGCCCUUGGUGCAAGGCAAAAAGUAUGGCAUUACAGUGUCUGAGGACAUGUUAAUCCACAGACUGCUUGUGAAGGACUGCAUGAAGGUGGACACUGGCAUCUAUGCUGCGGUAGCUGGAAUUAAGUCAUGUAAUGCUUGGCUGAUUGUAGAAGCUGACAAUAACCCAAACAACCAUGGAAAGAAAGCAGCACGCAAAACAACUCAGGCAGGAGGGAGUGGCGAUGACUUGUCAAAGGUCGCAGCUCAGCAGCAAGCCAAGCUACAAAAGGCAAGAGAGGAGAAGACGGAGAUGCUGAAACAACAUCAGGCCAAACAGGCUGUAGUGCCUCAAGCCUAUGAGCAUGAGCCUAUGACUAAACCUCCAACUGGGCCUCAAACCAAGCCUCUAGCUCAAACUUCAUGCAGGCUUCCAGUUAAGCCUCCAACCAUGCUUCCAGCUGAGUCUUCAUCCAAACCUCCAAGCACACCUCCAGCUGAACAUCCAUCCAAGUCUCCAAGCACACCUCCAACCAAGCCUCCAACCAUGCCUCCAGGUGAAUCUCCAUCCAAGACUCCAGCUAUGCCUCCAGCUGAGUCUCUUCCCAAACCUCCAACCACACUUCCAGUUGAAACUCUAUCCAAGCUUCCAACCAUACCUUCAGCUGAACCUCUAUCCAAGCCUCCACCCACACCUCCAGCUGAACCUCUAUCCAAGCCUCCAACCACACCUCCAGCUGAACCUCCAUCCAAGCAUCCAACCCAGCCUCCAACCACACCUCCAGCUGAACCUCCAUGCAAGCCUCCAACUACACCUACAGCUGAACCUCCAGUCAAACCUCCAGUCACUUCCCCAGAUGAAUCCAAAGACCAAAUUAAGCCAAAUGACAAGCCUAUACCCAAGUCUCUCUGUGAAGGUGUGAAUGAAAAAACUCUAGAAGAGCUAGAAAAGGAAGACAAAAAUAUGGAGAAAGAGGAACCAGAGCCAGAGAAUAGGUAUCAUGGAUAUGGACAGACUACUCCAGAGUCACUCAGUGAAGUCGUAGAGAGAAAGAAGAACGUGAGGACAGGGCCCUUGGUGCCUAACAGUAUAAUUGCCCCAGGAGUUCACUUCACUUGUGGGUUACAAGAUGUCAGAGCCAUUAUGGGUCAGACAGCUGAAAUGGUGUGCAAGCUAAGCAGCACAAACUGUAAUGGAGUGUGGUAUAAGGAUGGAAAAGAAUUAAAGUCCAUUGAUGACUUGAAGAUCAUCAAAGAUGGGGCUUUUCACAAACUGUUGAUUAGCAAUUGUAAGGAGGACGACAAUGGGAAGUAUCGCUUUGAAGCAGAUGGGCAUAAAACAGAGGCCAUACUUAUUGUGGAAGAUCCUCCAAAGAUAAAUAAAGAUGAUCUGACUAAAUUCUCUGAGCCUGUGAUUAUCAAGGUUGGCCAGAAUGCCACCUUCAGUCUGAGUUUUGUGGGUAAGGAGCCAGUAAAGAUUCACUGGUACAACAAGGCUGAGGAGCUGUUUAACGGCACCAACAUUAAGAUUGAGAAGUCGUCCAGCCACAGCAGUCUGCUCCUAACCAAGUGCCAGCGCAAAGACACUGGAGAGAUCAAGCUCAAGCUAAAGAAUGAAUUCGGGACUACCGAGGCUUUCUCCAGUCUGAUUGUUUUAGACAAACCUACCCAUCCAGUGGGGCCUACGGAGGUGAUUGAAGCAUCAUCAUCCUGUGUGGAAUUCAAAUGGCGGCCUCCAAAAGAUGAUGGAGGCUCUUCUGUGACUCAGUACAAUCUGGAACGGCAACAGCUGGGACGAAACACCUGGAAGAAGAUUGGGAAUAUCCCAGGUGAAGCUCACUAUAAGGACACAGAUGUGGACCACGGCAGGAAAUACUGCUACCGCAUUAGGGCCAUAACUGCAGAAGGCAUCAGUGAUGUGUUCGAGACAGAUGACAUACAGGCUGGCACUAAAGCAUAUCCUGGUCCACCAUCCACACCCAAAGUUGACAGUGCUUUCAAGGAAUGCAUAAAUUUGUCAUGGGCCCCUCCCACCAAAACUGGAGGAACCAGCAUUGUGGGCUACAAUCUGGAGAAACGCAAGAGGGGUAGCAACCUUUGGAGCCAAGUAAACCCUCCUGAUGAGCCAAUCAGAGCCAAGAAGUAUGGAGUGAAAGAUGUUGUGGAAGGAAUAGAAUAUGAAUUCCGUGUUUCAGCCAUUAACUUCUCUGGUGUUGGAGAUCCAAGUUCACCCACUGAAUUUGUGAUAGCCAGAGACCCAAAGAAGCCCCCAGCUAAAGUGAUUGACCUGAAAGUGUUAGACUCAACCUAUUCUUCCUUGUCCCUGAGCUGGAGUAAACCAAAGGUAGAAAAAGGAGUGCAGGAUGAAGCAAAAGGAUAUUUUGUGGAACUAAGGCCAGCAGAGAACACAGAAUGGACUCACUGCAACUCCAAUGCAAUUAUCUCAACUUCCUUUACAAUCCUUGGCCUUAAGUCCAUGGCCAUGUACUGGGUAAGAGUGAUUGCAACAAAUGAGGGCGGAAAUGGUGAACCCCGGGAUCUGGAUAACUAUGUCAUUGCCAUGCCACCACCAGUGAGACCAAAUUUCCUUGAUCGAAAAUUGAAGAGCUUUAUGGUGGUGAGAGCUGGAAAUUCUGCUCGAGUCAACAUCACUUUUGAAGCAUCACCUAUGGCAAACAUAAUCUGGGUCAAGGAUGGAAUACCUAUGAAUAAACGUGUAACUGUGAGCAACACAGAGGGCACAUCUCAGCUCCUGAUUCCAUCCGCGGAGCGCUGUGAUAGUGGAAUCUACACCAUCACAGUCAAGAACAUUGUUGGCCAGGAGACCUUCAGUACUGAGAUAAGAGUCACAGAUGAUCCUAAACCUCCUGGUCCAGUGGAACUGGAGGAAAAUGUCCCUGGCACACUAACUAUGUCCUGGAGUCCAUCACCAGAUGAGAAACAAGAUGACCGUCUGCAUUACACAGUGGCCCAACGUGACUCAGUCAAACAGACCUGGCACACAGUGGCUGAUCAUCUGUUCAACAACAAUUUCACAGCUGUCAACAUCAUGCCAGGACGAGAGUAUAACUUCCGUGUGUAUGCCAAGAAUGACAUGGGGCUCUCCCAAGCCUCCAAGUCCCCAACAUGGGGGAUUAUCAGGAAGAAAGAAAAGCUCACCCUUAACAUUCCUGAGCCCAAGACGUGCAACUUAGACUCUGCACCAAUUUUCACGGUCCCACUGAAAGCCCACAUUAGCCCAGAGAAAUAUGAAUGUUACAUGAGCUGUGCUGUGAGAGGCAACCCCAGUCCCCACAUUACCUGGUACCACAACAACAUCAGCAUCAACACCAAUACCAACUACUACAUCACCAAUACAUGUGGUGUCUGUUCCUUACUAAUCCUAAGGGUGGGGUCAAAAGACAAUGGAGAGUACAAAGUUGUUGCAGAAAACUCAGUAGGCCAUGCUGAAUGUACCACCAAGCUUACAGUCAGAGAAUGAAAUGCUGCCUGGGAGAUAGGAGAUGGAGGAUUUAUCCGCUCUUGAUUCCUUUCAAUGACAUUUUGUAAUUUAAUUCUAGUUGUAGAAAUACCUGUAGUGACAUACACA